AGUUCUAUAAUGAAAAAUACUCGCUAUGUUAACAAGAUUUUUACAACAAACAUUUUUUAAAUUUUCAUAGUCAAUUACUUUUUACCUUCUGGCAUCUUUGUGGUUUAUUUAAAUCGUUUGCUUAAUUAGAGCUGUUAAUUAAUAAAGUUGCUUUCAAAUUCAAUACUUUAUGAUGGUAGCAUUAAAAUUAGGAAAUAAAAAUAUUUUUUCUGAUGGCGAUGUUGUAUAUAUAAUUGCGGAAAUAGGGCAAAAUCAUCAAGGUGAUUUUAAUACCGCAAAGAAAAUGAUUUCGGAAGCCAAAAGAAUAGGGUGUGACUGUGUCAAAUUUCAAAAAUCCUGCCUCCCAGUAAAAUUUUCUAAAACAGCCCUUAAACGCCCAUAUAUAUCAGAGAACUCCUUUGGCAAGACUUAUGGUGAACACAAAGAGUUCCUUGAAUUUAGCGAAACCCAGUACAGAGAAUUAAAAAUAUAUGCCAAUAGUGUUGGAAUCGAUUUUACUGCAUCAGCCAUGGAUGAGAUAUCUUUAGAUUUUCUAAACGAGCUGAACGUGCCUUUUAUAAAAAUAGGCUCGGGCGAUGCUAAUAAUGUGCUCCUUUUGAGGAAAGCAGCUAAAAUGGAUACUCCGCUAAUUGUGUCUACAGGAAUGCAAACGAGUGAAACUAUCGAGAAAAUUGUUGAUAUAAUGCAACAGAAUAACAAAACUAAUUAUGCCUUAAUGCAUUGCGUUUCUUCUUAUCCUACUGAUCCAGAUGAUUGCUCUUUGGAAAUGAUAACUCGUCUGAAAGAGCGGUAUCCAAAUAUAGUAAUAGGAUAUUCCGGGCAUGAAAAGGGCAUUGAAAUAAGUAAAGCAGCAGUGUUAAUAGGUGCUAGAAUUAUAGAGCGUCAUUUUACUUUAGAUAAUAAUCAGAAGGGUUCAGAUCACAAAUGUUCAUUGGAACCUCACGAAUUUGGAAGCCUAGUUAAUGAAAUCAAGACAUUAGAAAAGCUUCGUACAUUGACUAAAGAUCAGAUUAUGGAUUUACUUGGUCAUCAGAAAAUUAUCGAAUUGGCUUUAAAAGAGAUAAAGUUAAGAACUAUACUUCCAAGUGAAAUACAAUGUAGAAGCAAAUUAGGAAAAUCCAUUGUUGCAACCAAGGACUUGCAAGCAGGCAAUAUUUUAAAGGUAUGCGAUAUAUGUAUUAAAGUAAGUGAGCCAAAUGGUAUAGCUGCAGAAUAUUUUGAUUAUGUAGUAGGUAAAUUUAUUGCGGCUGAUGUGAAUAAGGAUUCACCUUUAACGUGGCGCCAUAUUUCUAUUUAAUUUCAAUUAGUUUUUCUAAAAAUAAUCCACAACAAAAAUGAAACUAAUUUAUUUUUAAAUAAAAUAUGAUAUUGUUUUGUCCAAAUAAUAAAUAAUUUAAAAAGUUUUCAAUUAUCA